AUGUCAGGAAAGCAAAGCCCCGAGGGCUCUUAUGAGGCUCCAACUCAUCUUACAACAACCGAGCCACAGGUCCCUGUGAGCUUCGUGGACCAUCUUCUGCAGGAAGAUCAGUAUGUCCACACUCUGAGUUCAUCCACAACAGAUUUCCUCUUCUCCGUGCUCGAAUACCUUACCGACUACAUCCUGGAUCUGGUAGGCACUAAGGCCAACACCAGCAGGAUGCAGAUGACCCCACAAGACGUGGAGAGGGCAGUGGACAGCAACGCAGAGCCCCAUCGGCAGGUGAAGGAUACAGCUUUUGCUCUGUUUGAUGAAAUGCCUGGAUCCCGAAGGAAUGGCUGA